CCUUUACCAGAAUACUGAGCAGAAGAUCAAUGUGGUGUUCUCCUCUUUAGACUUGAUGCUGCAUACUGAGGCUCUCCUCUCUACCAUGGACUUUCUGUCUGCGGCCCUGUCCAACAGCAGUCUGCCCUCACUUGAGAGAGAGAGCAAAAAGAGUGAAGACAUGAGAACUACCUCUGCUAAAUCCACUGCACUGAGCUCUCCCUCUGAUGGUGACAUCAUUGACCUGAUGGUGAACAUGCAGCUCGGAACAUUUAAUGUGUUGGUUUGUGACCAGAAGAGCAACAUGGCUGACAUCAAAAUUCAGGGUUUGGACGGUUCUCUACAGAUGCAAGGAACUCAGACGCACAUGUCCACACGUUUGCGUGACUUCAUCAUCAUGAAUGUGGAUCCUGAAACAAUUCACAAGAAGGCAAGCUAG